UGAGGUCACAUGACUAGGAACCGGAAGUAACCUUAGACGUUGCGCUGAACUGCUCGAGCGUAUCGCUGAGCUCUCUCCACCUAUUUCGAAGAAAACUGGCUUAAUAAACGCCUCGUGAGCUCUUGGUGUAUGUUGCUUAUGUGAAUCGAUUAACAGCCGUAUGACUCUCUCAUGGCUGAAGUGUGUUGAUAGCCUCUGAGGGCACUGAUCUGUGUGAAGUGUUAGUCAUUUGAGAGAGUUAGCAGGUUAGCCGCGCUCCAUCAUGACCGUGGCGGUGUUUUUCGGCUGUACGUUCAUCGCUUUCGGGCCAGCAGUCGCUUUGUUCGUGUUUACAAUCGCCAGGGACCCGCUGCGAGUGAUCUUCCUUAUAGCAGGGGCUUUCUUCUGGCUGGUGUCUUUGUUGCUGUCCUCUCUUGUGUGGUUCAUCACGGUUCAGAUCAGCAACAAGAACAGUGCCACUCAGCAGACAGGGCUGCUCAUCUUCGGGGUUGUGCUCUCUGUGCUGCUUCAGGAGGCUUUCAGAUACGGUUACUACAGAUUGCUGAAGAAAGCAAAUGAAGGGCUGUUGGCGCUCAGUCAGGAGGACACCAUGCCCAUCUCCAUACGGCAGCUAGCUUAUGUAUCAGGUCUGGGCUUUGGCUUCAUGAGCGGAGCCUUCUCUGUGGUCAACAUACUCUCAGAUUCCUUGGGUCCGGGAACUGUCGGUAUCCAUGGCGACUCUCAACAUUACUUCAUAUCCUCAGCUUUCAUGACACUGGCCAUUAUCUUGCUGCAUAUGUUCUGGGGGGUUGUUUUCUUCGAGUCGUGUGAGCGACAGAGAUGGUGGGGUCUUGGAGCUGUGGUCAUCAGUCAUCUAGUAGUAUCAUGUGUAUCAUUUGUGAACCCACACUAUCAAGGCAGUCUGAUCCCGACCUACAUCAUACUGUCUGUCAUGGCGGCCUGGGCGUACUUGUGUGCUGGAGGAUCCUUGAGGAACCUCAAACUCUGCCUCACCUGUAAAGAUAAAGACUUCUUGCUGGCCAAUCACAGGCCAAGAUAACCCAUCAGCUACAAACAGGACUUUCUCCAAAGACUGGCUCAUUGAGCCAGUAGGCCGAUGACACGGCCAGCAGCCCUGAACUCUGGGAGGCUUAUGGUCUGGGCAGUCUGCAUAAGAAUGGUUGCUGAGUAACAGGAAUUUUAUGUCUGCAGAUCUUGCCCUUUCUGUAAUUACCUCUUCUUCUUCUGUUUUCUGUUCUGUACCUCAUGUUGUGUGUGUGAAAGAGACACUGAAACCAUGUCAAAGAGAGAGAGUGUGUGAGUGUGUUUUAUACUAAUUAAUUGUCUAGAGCUGCUUUCAUAUGUGAUUUUCUCCUUUGUAGCAGGUUUUUAAAAAAGGGUCUUGUAUAGGUUUGGCCUUAAAUUGUUGACUGUCCCUCUUGUCAGGCCUUUCCCCCUGUAUUUUAUGUUUAACUGGCCAGUUAGACUCAAAUGAUCUGCCACUAUCCUGACAUCAGUUUUAGAGCAGAUGUUUAAUUCCCUGGCGAUCAAACCCUGGAGCAUCACAUUGUUUUCCUUUUAAUUCGUGUGUUUGUAAGCUUGUCUUUUUAAAGACCCUCCUCAACUCUCUCUAGGGCAGCAGUUUAAUUUUCCCAGUGGAAGGUAUUUAAACUGCUUGGGCUUGAAUGAUAAACGCAGUGGCCACUCUUCAAUAAAACCACUACUCUCUGCUACAAGAAGCUCUGGAUGAUUUUAAACACAUAGAUAGGUGACCACUGACCCCAGUGGUAUCUGUUUUAGAUGUCACUUUUAUUGGACUCAUAUGCUUCGUUUUCUUGUAAGAUGUAUGAAUUUUUGAUUCACAAUAAAAUAGCUUGAGCUCAAA